UUAAAUCGGUCUUCUAAUAUGUAACUGAGAUCUAGCCUAAAGUUGAUCAUUUUGCAUGAAAAAUCGAAAUAGUUGCAAUUUUUUUCCAAUACUGUAUACAACGACCAGAUGUUUACUUACCUGUUGUUUAUUUUUUCUUCUUAAAUCUAGUUUGUCGCCGUCAAAUUAUUUUUAAGACCGUUAGCGUUAAAACGCUAAGAUUUUCAAAUUAACUAUCCCUGUGGCAAAUACACGCUCAAAACUAUGCACCUAUCGAACUGAAAGUGAUUCGCGAUGCCAAUGCACCGCACGGUUGAUAAAAAUAGCGCAAUUGCAAUACGACGGCAUAGAGAGAGAAAGAGUGCAUUACGCCUGCCAACUUACCGUCAGACGAUUCAGUUUUCCAUUCCUUCACUUGUCCGUGGAAAAGUGCAUCGCGUGCAUCAGAAAAAAAUCAAGAAUUAAUUUUUGAUUAUAAGUUAUUCUGAUAAAGAUCGUCAUGGGUCACCACGAACCAAAGGUUUAUAUCUCGGACAAGCUGCCCGACUCGUUGCGCAAAUCGAUGCAAACUUUCCAGGCUAAGAACGAACUGCCCGUUUUCCUAAAGGGUGGUCCAAUAGACAAAGUGCUGUUCAUGACCACCAUGGCUUUGUGUGGCGUAGGCAUUCUGGGAAUCGUUCGGGUUAUCUACACGAUGGGUUUCGCCAAAAAGAAGGCUGACUAAACCCUGAAUGUGAUAUCUUAUGAAAGAAACAGUGCAAGUAAUUAAUAAAGUCUAAAUAUUUGUCGCGAAAUAAAUAUUUAAAUCAAA